CCUAAACCCAAUUUUUUGAUAAAUGAGUUCUGCAUAUCGUUUACUAUAUACCUAUGCUCCUUGUUGCUUUCCCUCAUAUAACAUAGCUCUUGCAUUGCUCAAGUAAAGAAGGACAAAAAUGUAUAAAGUAGCAAACCCUUCAGAGUAUCUGGUGAUCACCGGGAUCGGAAUCACCGACAUAAAGCUUGCAAAGAAGGCAUGGAUCCUCCCCGGCCAGUACUUCAUAAUCUUCGACGUGUCCCCCGUCAACUAUACCUUCGAAGUCCAAGCCAUGAGCUCGGAAAAGCUCCCCUUCAUGCUGCCCGCCGUCUUCACCAUCGGCCCACGGAUCGAUGACAUCCACAGUCUCCAAAAGUACGCCAAGCUCAUUUCCCGCCAUGACAAGCUCUCUAGCCACGUGAAAGAGCUUGUUCAGGGGAUCAUUGAGGGUGAGACUCGUGUUCUCGCGGCCUCGAUGACCAUGGAGGAGGUGUUUAAGGGGACAAAAGAGUUUAAGCAAGAGGUGUUUGAGAAGGUUCAGUUGGAACUCAAUCAGUUUGGGCUUUUGAUUUAUAAUGCAAAUGUCAAGCAGUUGGUGGAUGUGCCGGGGCAUGAGUAUUUUAGUUACUUGGGGCAGAAAACACAGAUGGAGGCGGCAAAUCAGGCAAGGGUUGACGUGGCGGAGGCAAGAAAGAAGGGGGAGAUAGGGUCGAAGAUGAGGGAGGGCGAGACGCUGCAGUAUGCGGCCAAGAUUGACGCAGAGACGAAGAUAUAUGGGACGAAGAGGGAGGGGGAGGGGAGGAUGGCGGAGAUUAAGGUGAAGGCGGAGGUCAAGGUGUAUGAGAAUGUGAGGGAGGCUGAGGUGGCUGAGGCAAAUGCUGAGCUGGCCAAGAAGAAGGCCGGGUGGGCGAAAGAGGCGCAGGUGGCGGAGCUGGAGGCCGCAAAGGCUGUGGCAUUGAGGGAUGCCGAGUUGCAAACGGAGGUUGAGAGGAUGAAUGCCUUGACUAGGACCGAGAAGCUAAAGGCUGAGUUCUUGAGCAAGGCUAGCGUUGAGUAUGAAACAAAGGUACAAGAGGCAGAUUGGGAGUUAUACAACAAACAAAAAGCCUCAGAGGCAAUUCGUUUCCAAAGGGAGAAAGAGGCAGAGGCCAAAAAGGCAUUGGCGGAGGCAGAAUUCUAUGCACGUCAACAAGUUGCCGACGGAGAAUUUUAUGCAAAGAAAAAAGAGGCUGAGGGACUCAUGGCCCUUGGACAAGCUCAAGGUGCUUAUCUACGCCACCUUUUGGAUGCAGUUGGAGGAAACUAUGCAGCCAUGAGAGACUUUAUGAUGAUCAACAGUGGCAUGUUUCAAGAAAUUGCUAAGAUCAAUGCCGAGGCCAUGCGCGGACUUCAGCCGAAAAUCAGCAUUUGGACAAAUGGCGGGGGAGAGGGUGGUGAUGGUGGUGCAAGUGGGGCAAUGAAGGAGGUUGCCGGAGUUUACAAGAUGCUGCCACCAUUGUUCAAGACGGUUCAUGAACAAACCGGCAUGUCGCCUCCGGCUUGGAUGGGCACUUUGGAAAAUUCCCACUCUAGCAACUAAACUCUCAAUUGAGUCCGAGGGUACUUUUACAUGUGUUGUGAAUGAGAAUUAUCCGA